AUGUCAUACAAACACAAUUCAUGGUCAAUAUCAACACAAUCACAUUUUAUUAAAAGUAAUACUUUUAAAAAACGUAAACAUGUACGUUUUGGUGGUAAUUGUAGAGAUCCAUUAAAUUUAAAUGAACUUAUUCAAAAGAGCAAACAAUCAAUAACAAAUAAUGAUAAUAUAGAUAUGAAUAUUCAUGUAUCAAUCAACAUACCAAUAUUUCAACAAUACGACAAAAUUUUCAACCAAUAA